AUGACGGAUAUGGCACAAGCAGGAGAAGAAGAAUUUACUAGGUACAAAGAAAAAAUGUGCAGGAAACUUUCAAGAUUUCCAGAUUUCUUCAACAGCAAGAAGCAGAUAGUGGAUGUUGUGUAUAUUAAGGUGAUAGUCAAUGGAGGUGUGAUGGCAAAAUGUUUAGAAAUCUCUGAGGAGCUGAUCACAUCCAGCAAUAGCUACAAAGUGAGCUCUCCCUCGCACUCCCUGGGCUACUUCUACUGGCAACUGCCAGAGCCCAGCCAGGGGCUGCCCCAGUUCUUCCUUAGGGGCUACUUGGAUGACCAGCCCAUCGCUCGCUUUGACAGCCUCACCAGGAAGAUGGAGCCUCUGGUGCCCUGGAUGGAGGAGGCCGAGAAGGAGAUGUUUUUGGCCCCUGAGUGGGUCUUUGGUGCUGACCUGGAGCAGUUAUCACAACGGGACCAUCAUGGUGGAGGGCUUCACACCUGGCAGGUGGUUUUGGGCUGUGAGUUCAGUGAAGACAGGAGCAAAAGAGGCUUUUUGCACUAUGGCUAUGAUGGGAGGGACUUCAUCAGCUUCGAUAAGGAGACCCUCAGAUGGGUGACAGCUCAGCCCCAGGCCCAGAAGGUCAAGAAGAAGUGGGAGGAGAAUCCAGAGUGGUUGGAGAAAAUGAAAGCCUUCCUGGAGAAAACCUGCAUUGAGUGGUUGCAGACAUACCUGUUGUAUAGAAAGAAGGUUCUGGAGACGAUAGGAAUCUCAGGUGUUGCUGCUUCUUCUGCAGAGCCUCCGGUGGGGAAGGUGACCCACAAGGUGGUGGAUGACAGCCUGGAGGUCCUCAUCUGCCAGGCCUUUGGAUUCUACCCCAAGGAGAUCCAGGCCACCUGGAGGAGGGAUGGAGAAGUCUGCCAGUAUGAGACCCUCCAAAGGAACGUUGUGCCUAACUCAGAUGGGACCUAUAAUGUCCAGCUCAGCAUUGAGAUCGACCCCAAGGAGAGGGAUCAUUAUCAGUGUCACCUGGAGCAUGAGGGCUUGCAAGAGACCAUGGUCUUGGCUUCCCAGGAGGAAACAG